GUCAUCAUGUGCGCCUCCAAAUGACAGUUCAAGCAAAGUCCAGUCAGUUUGGAUGAGUGUGGAAGUUGUUAGCGACUGUCCAGACUGUUGAAUUGUGAUUGAUGCGUUUUUCUUUUGAAUUUCUAUUGCGGCCUGUGGUAUGACAGAAACCUACGGGAAACAUGAAUAAAUCACGAAUGUCUUCAAGAUGAACGCACAAAGAACAAUUUGAAUGUUGCAAUCAUUGUAAACAAUAUAAUUCUCAACUAUAGGCCUACCUGUUCUCUAAUUUAAUAAUUUUUAUUUAAUGGCUUUUAAUCCAUCCUAAUGGAGUCACGAGUUUGUGUUCGUUAACAUAAUGGUCUUUAUUAUUGAAAGAACAAGAGGAAACUAAAUGUUGUUCAAUAUAGGCCAAUCGCCUUGCAUAAUUCCGCUGUGGGUGUGCACUAUAGCCUACACUUCUUCAUCUGUCAGCUUUCCUUCCAAAACGAAAGCGUGGACUAAGGAGGAAUAACCUGAAUUGCUUUCAUGAUGAAAGCGUUGCAUCUUUUAAUAGUUUUGUUUCUGUCUAAUAUACCAGCAGUAUUUGCGGAGAUGGUCUCGCUGGUUGUGGGUGGGAUUGUGCUUGCCUCAUUUUCUUAUUGGUUAGGCCAAAGCAAUUUUUUUGGACCGAAAACUGAUCCGAAUCCAUUAUUAACUUUUAAACCUGAACGUUUGGAGGCAGAUUUAAGAGACUCUCUCUUUGGGCAGCACAUUGUGUCUGAUGUUGUACUAAAAGCUGUAAAAUCAUUUAUGGCUGACAAAAACCCAAACAAACCACUGGUCCUCUCUUUCCAUGGGAGUACAGGAACUGGAAAAAAUUAUGUUGCUAAAAUCAUGGCAAAAAACAUUUAUAAAGAAGGGGAGAACAGCAAACAUUUUCACACAUUUAUAUCUGAGCAUCAUUUCCCACACAAAGACCGUUUACACAUCUACAGUGCACAGCUAAAGCAGUGGAUUCAUGGAAAUGUAUCAAGUUUUCCCCGAUCCAUGUUCAUAUUUGAUGAAACGGACAAGAUGAAUUCUCAGCUGAUCGACGUCAUUAAACCUUUUCUGGACUACAAUGCCCGUGUUGAUGGAGUGCCAUUUUACAAUGCAAUCUUCAUUUUUCUCAGUAAUGCAGGUGGGAAUGUGAUUAAAGACAUGGCUAUGGAUUUCUGGAGAGCAGGCAAAAAACGGGAAGAGAUGUGGUUGAACAGCGAAGAACUGGAGAGUAAAAUCUCUCAAAACAUCUUCAAUGAUGAGAACAGUGGGUUUCUGCAAUCCAGUCUAAUAGAUCAUCAUCUGAUUGAUCACUAUAUUCCCUUCCUACCUCUGGAGCUGAGGCAUGUGCGUCAGUGUGUCAAGGCUGAGAUGGAUGAUCUGAAGAUAACCCGAAACACUGAUCUGGUAGAUAAAGUGGCCAGAGACAUGCCGUUCUUCCCUGAAAAAGAGAAGGUCUUUGCUGUUAAAGGCUGCAAGUCUGUCAGACAGAAGUUGGUGCUGUAUGUUGAUUAAUAGAUGAAAGACUUUAGCAGAGCUUGUUGUUCACACACAAAACAACAACAACAAAAAACUGUUGCUGUUUAAUGCACAUAGUUUAACAGCAAUGAGGUAUUGACUUUUCACCAUAGUUUUUACUAAUUAAUAUCCCAGUGUAUAGGAGAAUGUAAUACUCUGCUUUUAAAUUUCAGCUAUUUGAUUGUGUCCAGUCUUUUGGGUCCACAUUCUUUGGUCUUGCCAGAUAGACUAGAAGUAAAUAAAGCUUUAUUUAAAUAGCACCUUUUAAAAACAGUGUUUACAAAGUGCUAUAAAGAAGAAAAUACAUGUUGUAUGCAUUCACAUACAGUGGCAUGAAAAAGUAUGUGAACCCCUUGUAGAAUCUGUGAAAAUGAGAAUUAUUUUAAUAAAAUA